UUUAACAGUCUUAAAACAGAAAGAAGUACAUUGGAGUUUGAAGUGAAAAAAAAGAGUGGUGGACUGGAAGCAAGUCGAUGCCCUUAUGGACAGUACAUUUUCUUUGAGGAGAAAGGAAGUGAUUGAGGAGGAGCCCUUGGUGAAAGACGUGAUGAUCAGGUGGCCUGCUUUGUUUACGGAAAGACAGAUUGCAGCAGAAUUUCGUCGAAUAGUAUCUGCAGACCUUAAGAAAACCUUUUUUGAUGGCCUUGACAAAUAUCUGCCAGGAUUGCUGAGGCUGUAUCGUGCAAGAGACUCGAGAAUUGAAGAACUCAGAAGCCUUGUCCAGUCUGUUGAUGUUGAUAACUCAAACCAGCUUAAGAGAGCCGUUGUCCUACUUGGCCUUCCUUAUUUCCUCAGAGAGAAGUCUGCCAAGCUUGUCAAGAUAUGUGAGCCUACACCUGAUGAAGAUAUUGUCAGAGGAAUGAAUAUUGGACUCCUCUUGAUAACAGAAGAGAAUCCUGCAAGCUUUCUCCCUCAGGAGAUUAUUGAUGUGGCAGUGGUUUUGGAGGAGCAGAUCGUACUUCAUGACUUGAAGGAUGUCCCAAAUGCCUUUGUUCUUCUUAUGGGUCUUCUCUAUGCCUUAAACAUCAACUACCCUAAGGAGUUGAGAAAUACAUUCGAGGUCAUCCAAAAAAUAUUAAUGAACAUUGGUGGGGAUACAUGCUCUGCAAAAGUCCAUGGACUUCGGAACAGACUAUUGCAGAAAACUCUUUAGGAAUACUGCAUAUGUAAUUAAAUGAAGAGAAAAGAAGUCCUAAUGUUUGCUUCCAGUGUUUUUGUCAAUAGUUCUGCUUUUCUUUUUCUCAUGCCUUAUUGCAACUAAAAAAUGACUUAAAGUUAAAUGCUGCUUUUUUCCACCUGAUGUUUGUUACUGUUAAAGUAUCUUUUAUAACCUUUGAUUCAGUCACACACAACCAAUUGUUCUUUAUUUCACUGGUGUGACGGUGUCCAGUGUCAGAGUUAAGAUUCUAAUGUGAAAGAGAUUUUUCAAAUUUGAUUUAACAAUUCUGUGUAUUGUCUCCACACAUAUACAUGCACAUUUGUGUCAUGUUCAGAGAGUUAACAUGUUUUCACACAGCAUUACUGUUAAGAAAAAAUAUACCUCUGAUAUUUAAAUUUUGUGGUGCACCAUUUUAUUUCUUCUCAAAAACACA